GGCUGGCGAGGCGGCUGGCGAGGCAGAGGACAGAAGGGAGAGAGCAGGAAAGCAGCCGAACCUGUAAGAUCUCGACUAGUUCAGUCAACGCUGGACCAGUUUAUUCCCUAUAAAGGCUGGAAGCUUUAUUUCUCUGAAGCUUAUGCUGACAAGUCUCCUUUUGUCCAGAAGACUCAAGCCUUUGAGAAGUUUUUCAUGCAACGCAUUGAUCUUUAUGAUAAGGAUGAAAUAGAAAGAAAAGGAAGUAUUCUUGUGGAUUAUAAGGACUUAAUACAUGACAGAGAAUUGACUAAAUCGAUACCAAAUAUAUCUGAUGAAUUAAGAGAUAUGCCUCAGAAAAUACUGCACUGUAUGGGUCUGGCAAUUCAUCAGGUGCUGACAAAGGAUCUGGAAAGGCAUGCUGCAGAGCUGCAGGUGCAGGAGGGGUUACCCCUUGAUGGAGAACCUAUAAUAAAUGUGCCUCUCAUUCAUGCCAGGGUGUACAACUAUGAUCCACUGACCCAGCUGAGGAACAUCCGUGCCAACUGCUACGGGAAGUACGUUGCCUUGCGUGGCACCGUCGUGCGGGUCAGCAACAUCAAGCCCCUGUGCACUAAGCUGGCUUUUGUCUGUGGCACGUGUGGAGAUGUUCAGGGUGUUCCUUUACCUGAUGGAAAGUACACUCUUCCAACUAAGUGUCUUAUUCCUGAGUGCCGUGGGCGAUCCUUCACAGCUGACAGAAGCUCUCCUUUAACCACCACAGUGGACUGGCAGUCUGUUAAGGUGCAGGAGCUGAUGUCGGAUGAUCAGCGGGAGUCGGGCCGGAUCCCUCGCACCAUCGAAUGUGAGCUGGUUCAGGAUCUUGUGGACAGCUGUGUUCCAGGAGACAUGGUCACAAUCACAGGGAUUGUGAAGGUGUCCAGCACUGAGGAAGGAGCCUCUAAAAAUAAGAAUGACAAGUGUAUGUUCUUGUUGUACAUUGAGGCAAAUUCUGUCAGCAACAGUAAAGGACAAAAACCAAAGAAUUUUGACGAGACUUUUCAAAGAUCCUUCAUGGAGUUUUCACUUAAAGACCUCUAUGCUGUUCAAGAAAUUCAAGCUGAGGAGAACCUCUUCAGGCUCAUCGUGAACUCUCUUUGUCCUGCAAUUUAUGGCCAUGAGAUUGUAAAAGCAGGUUUGGCCCUGGCAUUAUUUGGGGGAUGUCAGAAGUUUGUGGACGACAAGAACAGAAUCCCAGUGCGAGGAGAUCCACAUGUGCUGGUGGUUGGAGAUCCAGGAUUAGGAAAGAGUCAAAUGCUGCAAGCAGUGUGUAACGUUGCUCCUCGAGGUGUGUAUGUCUGUGGUAACACUUCUACCAGCUCUGGCCUGACUGUUACACUGUCUAGAGAUGGUGCUUCUGGAGAUUUUGCCUUGGAAGCUGGUGCUUUAGUGCUUGGAGAUCAAGGCAUGUGUGGAAUAGACGAAUUUGAUAAGAUGGGAAACCAGCAUCAGGCGUUGUUGGAAGCCAUGGAACAACAAAGCAUCAGCCUUGCCAAGGCUGGCGUCGUUUGCAGUUUGCCAGCUCGGACGUCUAUUAUUGCUGCAGCCAACCCAGUUGGAGGACAUUACAACAAAGCCAAAACUGUGUCUGAGAACUUAAAAAUGGGGAGUGCUUUGCUGUCGAGAUUUGACCUGGUUUUCAUUUUGCUGGACACCCCAAACGAAGACCACGACCACUUGCUGUCGGAGCACGUGCUGGCGAUGCGGGCAGGGCGGCGGGCAGGGAGCAGCAGCGCCGGCACGGCCCCUGCCGGCACCCAGGAGCGCUCCCUGCUCCAGCUCCCCUCCGACCGACCGCUGCUCGACAGGCUCAAGAUCUUACCAGGAGAAAACUUUGAUGCCAUUCCACAUCAGCUGCUGAGGAAGUAUGUCGGAUAUGCUCGGCAGUACGUUCACCCAAGUUUAUCUCCAGAAGCUGCUCAGGUCCUCCAGGAAUUCUACCUUGAGCUCCGGAAGCAGAACCAGGGAGCAGACAGCACACCAAUCACCACGAGGCAGCUAGAGUCCCUGAUUCGACUUACAGAGGCACGAUCAAGGCUGGAAUUAAGGGAGAAAUCUACCAAAGAAGAUGCUGAGGAUGUAAUAGAAAUAAUGAAAUAUAGCAUGCUGGGGACUUACUCCGAUGAGUUUGGAAAACUGGACUUUGAACGUUCACAGCACGGCUCUGGGAUGAGCAAUCGGUCACAAGCAAAGAGAUUUGUUUCUGCCCUCAACAGUAUUGCAGAGAGAACUUACAACAAUCUCUUUGACUUGCAACAGCUUCGAGAGAUCGCAAAGGAGCUACAAAUACGAGUAUCUGAUUUUGAAAGCUUUAUUGGAUCCCUAAAUGAUCAGGGUUAUCUUUUGAAGAAAGGUGCAAGAGUUUACCAGCUUCAGACUAUGUGA